AAAUCCGCCAGAAAUUCCCAUAUUUUGCAGAGCGCUGAUUUUAGUGUGAGAAAUGUCGAGUGAGGAGAGAGAGAGAGAGAGAGAGAGAGAGAGAGAUAGGAGAGAUAAAGUUCAGGCCUUUUUUAAAGGGGAAAGAAGCCAAGGCUUUUCCUAGAGAGAGAAAAUCCAUUUCUAGAGCUAUGGAUGCAUGGGCCCUCAACCUGAAGGGAUUUAAUGGAGGCGGCUUGUGCACUGCCAGAUCAUACCCUCUGGUUCAUGCGAGCUCCAAAAUUGAGAAGCCAAACUUUUGUAAUUUUGGAAAGAAUGGGUUUGGGGGGAGUGAGGAAAGCGGGUUUCAUGGUGGAUUCUCGGAAAUUAGGGCUAUUCCAUUGAGGAGUAAGCAGAGGAAGAGUAUUAAGAUGGAGAGACGAUCGUCUUCUCUUGGAAGUAGCGGUCGGUCUAUUCCUGAGGAGGAUGGGCAAGAGGGAAGCAAAGAUGACUCUGGCAAAACUCAACCUGACGACUGGCGAACCUUCCGAGCAAACCUUGUUGCUCGUGAACAGAUCCCAGCUGAGGAAGCAGGUCCCUCGAAGCCACUCGGCUCAAAGUGGGCCCACCCGAUCCCUUCCCCCGAGCCAGGGUGUGUGCUUGUGGCUACAGAGAAGCUUGAUGGGGCCCGCAGCUUCGAGCGAGCUGUUGUCCUCCUCCUCCGUGUGGGGUCCCCCUCAGACCCCCGAGAGGGCCCUUUUGGCGUCGUGAUAAACCGACCUCUUCGGAAAACCAUCAAAGACAUGAAACCCUCAAACCCUGACUUGGCCACGACUUUCUCUGAUUGCUCUCUCCACUUUGGUGGGCCGCUCGAGGCGAGCAUGUUCUUAGCAACAGGUGGCGAGCACCUAUUGGCUGCCGGGUUCGAGCGGGUCAUCCCUGGGCUGUGGUAUGGGGCUCGGCAUAACCUCAAAAAGGCGGCUGAUUUGGUAAGGAGAGGGGUGCUUGAUGCAAAGGAUUUUAGGUUUUUUUUGGGGUAUUCUGGUUGGCAAUUUGAGCAAUUGAAGGAGGAGAUAGAGUUGGACUAUUGGCAUGUGGCGGCUUGUAGCUCAAAUUUGGUAACGGGCACAUCGGAUUCUCUGUUUGGAUUAUGGGAGGAGAUAUUGCAGCUAAUGGGGGGCCAAUAUUCAGAGCUGAGCAGGAAGCCUAAGAAGGAUAAUACAUGAAUGAAGCCAUUGGAGUGGUGAUGCAUCUUCUUUGGUUUUCUACGGUGGGAGCCUUCUUUUGUGCAAGACAAGCUGGCCAGCGAUUGCUCUCCCAUCUUUGUACUGGUUCCUGGCAAUUGGAAUUUCAAGUUGUGAUUUGUUAGGAAAGAGGCAACUACGUUAUUGAGAUAAUGUACAGGCUUAUGCUCUCUCUUGCUUAAUUCAGUUGUGGCUUAUGGACUUCUUAUUAGUUGCUUGUGUUCCUAAAAGUAAAUAAAGUGACUUAUUUGAGGAA